CAUAAUCUUUGUUGUUUAAAGAAGCUCCAAACCCUAAUCUACUCUAUUCAUUCUUCUCCACUUUCUUUGCAGCCAGAGCUCUUCCGCUUCUCCGCCUACAAUGGUGAACGUUCCUAAGACUAAGAAGACCUACUGCAAGAACAAGGAGUGCAAAAAGCACACCUUGCACAAGGUCACUCAGUACAAAAAGGGAAAGGAUAGCCUUGCUGCUCAGGGGAAACGUCGUUAUGAUCGCAAGCAAUCUGGUUAUGGAGGUCAGACAAAACCAGUGUUUCACAAGAAGGCAAAGACAACAAAGAAAAUUGUGUUGAGGCUGCAAUGCCAGGCAUGCAAACACGUGUCUCAGCACCCAAUCAAGAGGUGCAAGCACUUUGAGAUUGGUGGAGACAAGAAGGGAAAGGGAACAUCUCUGUUCUAAGUGCAUCAUUUUGUUCUUAGGUGUCUACUACUUCUAGAACAAGGCAUUAUGGGAUAGUUUUGUUUUAUUUGGUUUAUUUAAGACAUUGUAUCUGUGAAGAAGUUUGAGGUCAUUGUGGAAUAUUGAUUAUGAUGUUAAUCAAUUUUGAGCUUAUAGUUAGCCGUUGUUGCUU